AUGUUCACACAACAAAGAAAAGAUAGAGCUGCUAGAAUCUAUCUUGAAAGAAGAACAAAGAUAUUCGAAUGGAUAAAAGAUUGUUUCGAGAAGAAUAAUGAACCAAUCAACAAUCACACCGAUGAUAUCAUAGAGUUGGUUGCAGACGGUACCAUCCUAUGUAGAUUAAUCAAUAUUUACUUUCCAAAUUCAAUUGAAAAUAUUGUAUAUCCAACUAAUAAAUUCUUUUAUCAUCGUAUACAAAAUAUAUCGGAAUUCAUUAGGCAAUGUCAGAUUAUAAAGGUACCGAUAGUAUUUCAGACGUUGGAUUUGUUUGAGAAUAAGAAUCCGGCAAGAGUGGUAGCUUGUCUCUAUUGUUUGAUUGAGAUGCUCGAUGACAAGCUGGCCAAGCGAAGAUUGAAGCGAAAGCAAGAGUUCACUUUGGAGGAGAUGGCAAGAGCGCAUCUAGAGUUGGAGGUAGACGGCAACGCCACCGACAUGGCACCGAUCUCUGAGUAUCUAAUCGAAUCGUUACCCUCCGAUAUCAUAAACGGUCAACCCACUAUUCAGCUGCAAGUGUCGUCGUCGAACGCCUACGAGAGUAACAACCUGUCGAUUCUCGACACCUCUCACACCAGAACAACAGUGAUAAAUACACCAAAGCUAUUGUCGAGCGCACCUUCACCUUUGUUCACACCAUUGGCAUCGUCAUCAACAUCAUCUGGCACUGACAUUGGACACGACCAGUUCGAUCUAUCGAUGACAGCAAGCACUCCUUUGGCAACACCUAAAUCAACAUCGACAAGCAAUGGCAGUAAUAAUGAAAGAUUGUUUGAUAAGAAUGAAAUGUCAACGAUGACCGCUAUCAAAACAGCGGCGGUAUUGACAUCGCCUGUGAGAAGAUCAUCAUCUUCAUUCUCAUCAAGCCUACUAGAUAAUCAUUUAAAUCAUUCGAUCAUGUCACCUUUCAAACAAAAUACACACAAUCAUUCAUCAUCAUCAUCAUCAUCAACGACUGUAGCUUCACCUUAUAAACCAUUGUAUCCAUCACUUAUGAAACUAAACGAUAUAAAUAAUCAUCAAACAUCAAAUUUAAAUAUAUACAGCAAUAAUAAUAAUAAUAAUAAUAGUUAUAAUAGUAGUAGUAGUAGUAGUAAUAAUCAUUAUCAUUCAACAUAUAACAACAAUAAUAAUAAUAGCAAUAAUAAUAGUUUUAAGACAUCGACAUCAUACCAACCAAUAGUACAGAAUACAAACAUUAAACACACAAAACCAAUCAUAAAGAACAAAAAGAACAACAGUAAUCAAUCAUCGAUAAAGACAAUUUUAAAGACACUUAUGUUUAUUAUAUUAUAUUUAAUUUUGGUAAUGAUAUGGAUGAUUCUAUUCGUAGAGAAUCAUGACAAACUAAAUUCAUAUCGACAACCACAACAACAACAACAACAACAACAACAAAUACUAUACCUACUUCAAAUCAACAAUAACAAUUUUGUAUGUGCCUAUGCCUAUGCCGAUGCCGAAUCUUCUUCUGAGAGACCAAUCAAUCAGCCAUUGUUAUCACCUAUUACAUUGGAUUAUAACCCAAAAAGUAUUCCAUUAACACCAGGAUGCACAUUGGAUUCAAUGAAUGAAAGUUCUUUGUCGACAAAUAGAGUAUUCUCUCCCAGUUUGGCUGUGAGUUUCCAUUUGAAUGAAUAUGGACAAAUUAUACUAGGUUAUCGAGGAUUCAAUGUAUUUACAACACCGAAAUUUGCAGAGAGAACUGAUUAUCAUUUGCUGAUGAAAAAUGACUCCAAUCUAUGUGUAGUUGCCAGUGGUACUGAUUAUUGGUGUUCGAAUUCACAGAAAUUGGGUGGAAGAUACUUUACAGUUCUUCAAGAAGGUGCAUACAAUCGAGAUUGGGGAAUAGUCAUACUAAACGAUGACUUUCAAAUGGUAUGGGGAAGAUUUGGUGAGCAAAGAGGCUUCCGUGUAAGUUUGAUUCCUGGAAGUUAUCUUGAUUCGAAAUCCAGCAACAAUAAACUUAGUGUCGGUCAAUUCAUUACAAAUGGAAGAGACUACUUCACUGUUACAGAGGAGGGUUUUGGCGCGAUGAUUUUAGGUAACCCUUUUACCUCAGGAAAGGAGAGAAGAGUUAUUUUAACACAUCCUGUUGGUUCUACAAGGUAUCGAUAUACUCUGAAUUUGGAGAAUGGAACAUUAGUUCUAUAUACAAAUGACACUCGGUAUCAACCAUUUGUUCAAAAGUAUUGGGUUGGAGGUGGUCGAUAUCUACAACUACCGAUUCCAAGGGAUGUAGACUGCUCGUCCGAUUGGGCAAUGGUUAGUAGAAAUGAACUUGGAAAGGUUCUCUAUGGAUUUUUCAACAACCCAUUGGAGAGUCAAGAUGAAAAUAGCUACCUAUCAGAGUCAAAGAACGGUGAUUGGGAUGGACAACGACCGCUUAGAAGUAAUUUCCUAAUUGCAGAGGUAUGGCCAAAUGUUACUCGUGAGAGAACUCUCAGAACGGAGAGAAGAGCAUUCUGUUCAUUUAAUAUGAGAUGUGCUAAAUACUAUGGCUACCCAGAUGUUAUUUGGUCUGCAGACGAAUUUGUUAAAGCAGAUGUAACUAUUGCCAAGAUAAAGAGAAGUUGGACAUACGAUGGUAGAUUUACGGUUGAGUUUCAAAUAACGGGAUUCGAUCAUCGUGGUGAUUACAAUCAUACAAUGUAUAUGUCACCUUUAAUAGCCGAUCGCAUUCCACCAAAAUCAAGUGCUUUUGUAUUAUUAUCAUCAAUGCCAGAGGCUGUUGUAAUGGAAUGUCUAAAUUUCUAUUUUGUUGGUACAAUCAAGGGUUGUACCUAUAGAUCUGUUGAUUGGGUUACUCAUUUCAUCACCAACAUUAUAAAGUAUGAUGUUAAGAAACUUGUAUCUGAUCAAGAGUCACUUAAUUUACCUCCAAAAAUAACUAAUAACAAUGUUAAGACAAUAUUUAUAUAUUUUAAUAUUAUGGAUCAUUAUGCUUAUAUAAUCAAUCAGCCACUUAUAGCACCAAUAACACUUGACUACAAUUCCGAGAGGAUUCCUCUUACUCCUAAAUGCUACUUGGAUGCCAAGUCGAGCAAAAACUACCUAAAUAUGAUGGAAGGAUUAACUCCUAAUCAGGCUGUCGAUUUUUAUUUCAAUAAGAAUGGACAGAUCUAUCUUUGGUUUAGAGGUGAAGCACGCUAUAUUUCACCAAAGUUACCAAUUGGUGGAAAUUAUAAGCUGGUGAUGAAGAAUGACUCGAACCUCUGCAUUGUUUCCGAUCGUACAGAUCAUUGGUGCUCAAACUCUCAGGGAUUGGGUGGAAGAUAUUUUACAGUUCUUCAAGAAGGUGCAUACAAUCGAGAUUGGGGAUUCGUCAUACUAAACGAAGAGUUUCAAAUGGUCUGGGGAAUGUUUGGUGAGCAAAGAGGUUUCCGAGUCAGUUUGAUUCCUGGAAGUUAUCUCGAUGCCAAAUCAAAGAGAAAUCAUCUCAAAGUUGGUCAAUUCAUUACAAAUGGUAAACAAACGAGUAAGACACCGAAUUCGCCGGAUUUCGAUUAUAUAUUGAAUUUUGAAGAUGGAACUAUGGUAUUAUAUACUAAUGACUCGAGUAGACAACCAUUCGCAGAUAGAUGGAGUGUAGGAGGUGGUAGAUACCUCCAAAUACCAACUCUAAGAGAUCUAUCUUGUGGCGAUUGGGCUAUCGUAAACAGAGCAGAGAAUGGAAAAGUGAUCUGGGGAUAUUUUAGUCAUCCACUCAAUGGCGAUAAGAACAACUUUAUAUCCCAAGAAGUUGACAAUGGAGAGUGGGAUGGAAAAAGACCUUUCCAAAGUAAUUUCCUCAUCUCUCAAGUUUGGCCGAACACCACAUCUCAAACCGAUGAAAGAAGUCUCAAGUUCUGUUCAUUCAAUAUCAGAUGUAAUAAGUACUAUGGAUAUCCUGAUGUUAUCUGGUCAGCAGAUAGAAACAUUAUAUUUAAUUUCCACAUUGAAAAGAUGGUAACCAGUUGGGAUUAUUCAGGAAGUUUCAUUGUCCAAUUUAACAUUCACUUUCUUGAUGCAUUAGAUCCAUAUGAUGUGUUAUACAGAUCACCCCUCGUAGCAACAAAUACCUCGGCAAAACAACAUGCCAUUGUACUUUUAACAUCAUUGCCCGAAGCAGUUGUAAUGGAUUGUUCUCCGACUAGAUUCUCUGGUAAUAUAAGAGGAUGUGAAUAUAGAUCAGGAAUUUCAUUUACAACAUUUUAA